AUGUCGCUCCUGCGCGCGAACCCCUUUCCGCACUCCUCGCACCCGUGUUGUUGCUGCUGCUGCUGCUGCCCCUUCUCUACGGGCCCCGCCACGUCCCCGCCACGGUUCUUCCGCCCGUGCGACUUGCUCGCCGUCGACACCCUGCCUACGGCCGCCGCCGCACCGGCUGUCGACGUGGACGCCUGCGGCUGCUGCGUGUGCAAGGCCGUCCGAGUCUGA